CAGCCUUCCAGCCUCCCCAACCUUCGCCGCCUCUUCGUCGAAGCACGAACGGAGGCGGAAGAGAGCGCAUACUCUCGCAACGCCUUCUACAAUCUCGCGCUCUUCAUGAGUUCUGUGGCCAUCUUCAGCCUUGUGGCGCAAAAACUACAUGUCCCGAGGCCCGCCGUUACACUAUGA